AUGUAUGAGGGUGCAGGAACUUGUUAUGCUUGGGAUGGUGUGACCUUUCUGGAUCUUUUUGAUGCUGAUGAGUAUGCAGAACACAGGAAAGAAAACCUCUUCUACCCUUUUGCAUCAAGGGAAGAGUGGGAAGUCGCUGAUUUUCUCCUACAUUCUCCCCUCAGUAUGGCAGCAAUUGACCAGUUUCUGGGACUCCCUAUGGUGCAUGUUCUUUUCACAAGUGCUGAUAUGCUGCCAAAGGGACCAAACUGGAAGUGUCAAACCAUCCCUUCGCUCAAUCCCACAAAAAGUCCAAUCCAAUUGUUUUGGAGGGAUCCUGUGGAAUUUUUGGAAAGUCUCUUCAGUAACCCCCUUUUUUAUGACCAGCUUGAUUUUGUCCCUCACCGCGUUUACACGACAUCAGUGCGGCUUCUUUGUGUAUACUCAGAGUGGUUGACAAGUGCAGAACUACAAGACCAGCUCUCCAGAGGUGCAACAGUCCUGGGCACUGUGCUUUCUUCGGACAAAACAAAUAUUACCAAUAUGACUGGUGCCAGAGUUGCUCAUCCACUCCUUUUGGGCCUUGUUAACAUUCGCAUGAGCACUUGCACCAAGCUCUCAUCCAGGGCUUUUCUGCUCACGGCUCUCCUCCAUAUCCCAGAGUACUUGUAUCCCAAUCAAUGGAUGUGGGGCAUGCUAGAAGAUCGCCUUAUGCACGAGUGUCUUUCCAUAGUUCUGAAGCCCCUUAUGAUAGCUGCUGAAAUUGGAAUCAUGAUGUCUAACCCAGUGGGAAAUGUGCGCCACUGUUUUAUGCCUCUUGCACUGUAUAUUGUCAAUACCCCAGAGGCAUGUAUGCUUGCAUGUGUGCGCAGGAAAACUUCGCUGUUUACCUUGGCAUCGUAUCUGGAGUUUGGGGACAACUUUCAUCACCCUGAGUGCACAUGCUCUAUCACCCUGGAGCAGCUCGAUAGUAUAACAGUCAAUCCUAAUAACCUUGAAGCUUACUUCCAAGCAUGCAAGGAAUACCAACUAAAUGGUGUACACUCUCCUUUCUGGAAGGACUGGCCACUUGCUGAUCCAUCAGUCUUUUUAACUCCUGAACCUUUGCAUCACUGGCACAAGGAGUUUUAUGAUCACGACCUCCAGUGGUGCCUUAUAGUUGUUGGAGCAUAG